UUCACGCAUCUUUUCAUGGCAGCGUUCAGAGGCUGAUCCACGCGUCGCACACCAUCACUCGUGUGUGCACGCGUUACUAUAUGAGGCUACGCACUUGGCGACACACACGGAUGCGGAGACAUGAUGUGACAUUCGGCCGCGCGUAAUUUGCGCAUUUGGAAAGCGUUGCGCGCGGUACAAUGACUCACCGCUGUGUGUGUGUGCGCGGUGAUUUGUCUGUUUCUGGACGCCUGAUGCUCUUGGAGUGAGUCCAGGGAUGCUGCGGCUUGUCUGGCUGCCGGAGUGCCUCCGCGCAACGACGAGCUGCGCCCUCCACAUCUGCUGAACAGGAGAGGCGCGUAUCAGACGCGGAUUUGUGCGACCUUAUGAUUUGACUCUCACCGGGGGGAAUAACCCGUUAUGGAUCUCUGGGACAUUUAAGCGUCUGCUGUGGUGAUAUCGCUCUCUGCUGGGACUGUCGGAGUGCACACUGUUCCUCAUUCACAGCCUGCAAAAUGGGGAAUAGUUUCUCCAAUUUGGGUGCCUUCCAGUCUUUGCACAUAGUCAUGCUCGGCUUGGACUCUGCGGGCAAAACCACCGUGCUGUACCGGCUGAAAUUUAACGAGUUCGUCAACACGGUGCCCACCAUCGGCUUCAACACGGAGAGGAUCCGGCUCGGCGGCGCGGGGGCCUCCAGGGGCAUCAGCUGUCACUUCUGGGACGUCGGGGGGCAGGAGAAGCUGCGGCCCCUGUGGAAGCCCUACAGCCGCUGCACGGACGGCAUCGUGUACGUGGUGGACUCCGUGGAUGCCGAGAGGCUGGAGGAGGCCCGGACCGAGCUACACAAGAUCACCCGGUUCUCUGAGAAUCAGGGGACUCCGCUGCUGGUCAUCGCCAACAAACAGGAUCUGCCCCGGGCGCUGGAUGUCGGGGAGAUAGAGCGGCAGCUGGCUCUGGCUGAGCUGAGCCCCUCCACUCCGUACCACGUUCAGCCGGCCUGCGCCAUCAUAGGAGAGGGGCUGGAUGAGGGCAUGGACAAGCUGUAUGAGAUGAUAGUGAAGAGGAGGAAGUCACUGAAGCAGAAGAAGAAGAGGCAGUGAUGGCAGAUUUUAGGCUGGACGAUGGAAAAGAAAUACAUUCUACAACCUACAGGAGGAAUUUAACAGUGAUACUUAGCAGAUAAAAACACCAUCAAGCAUAAAUAUUAAUACUGAUCACCACAGAAACAUUGCAAGUCUCCAUAUAUAUAUUUAUAGUGAUGCUAUAUGAGCUAAAAAAUAGAAAUAUUGUCACUCAUAAGAAGAUUGUAUAUGAAUGUUAUAGAGGGUAAUAAUGAAGGUAAAGCUGCCUAAACUCCACUUACCAACAUUUUUAUUUGCAGAGAACAACUAGAAAAUCAUAAACUAUAAAUAUGAAUGACACAAACUCACAAAACAAUUCUAAUAAUCUCGAAUGGCUUGCCUUGAUCGACUGUUUUAACCCUCUAUACAGGUAGAUUGUCUCCCUGAUGUAGGAAUAUUAAUAGGACUGUUUCUUUUGGGGAUGUCUGAAGCGGAGAUGUUUUAUAAAGUGUAUGGAUCUCCUGGCAUGGCUCCCUUGUUGCUGCCUGUGUUGCACAGACUGUUGUAAAUGUAAUUAGGGAUGCACUGAUGCACAGACUGGUGUUACACCAAAGAUGAUUCCCCUCUGAGAAGACAAAGACUCUUUAUCGCUCCCAUCCUUCAUUGUUUUGGUUAUUUUAUGUACAAUCUUCCCGGUGGCUCUGAGGUGAAACCUGAAAUGUUUGGUUGAGAUAAGGCUGAGACGACAACUUUAGGUUCUGGAGGGUGCUCUGAAGUCUCAGCGAUAUAGGAAUAUUUAAUCUCUUUUGUAGCGUUUUGUCUCAACAAAGAUGUGGGAUAAAAAGGGCUCAAUGUUUGUUGCUCGCAGGUAAAGAUAAGCUACAUUUUCGAAGGGAAAAUAUGUUGCAUUUCACACACUUAGGUAUGGCUUCCAUACUGUCUUCACGGAAACAAGCAAUCUUAGGAAGAGAGGAGAAAAACUUGUGGUUUAAGGUUAUGAAAUUCAUCCAUCUUAUCAUUUUGCACUUUCUGAGUCUUGCCCAGAGAAGCUGCCUCCUCUGGAAGCCAUAUUGGAGGUCUGAUUCUGACUGUUCAUCUCAGAUCUACAACAACUUUACAUGUAGCCGUCUAUUUUUAGCCUGGGUGAAGCCACCUUUUCUUCCAAGAAAAGUAACAAGUAGCUAGUUGCUAAGUAAGUUGCCAGUGGACACCAUGUGUUAGUUUAGCCAAUUAGAGCUCACAAAGCUCCAGCUGCAGUGAUUUGCUUGUAGAGAUCGCAUUACCAAGAAAAAUAGGCUGGAUUUGUUGCUAGAUUCCUCUUUUAGAUACAUGAAUCUCGAAACACAGAUAAAUGUAGCAAUGGCUGUGUAUAUUAUUUGUGCACCAGAUUCCUGCGAGAUCGGUGACAGGCUGCAAAGUGUCCAAAUUUCAAAUCUUUUUUUUUUUAGGCACAUUUUUUCUCCUGCGUUCAAAAUAAUUCUGUUUUAAAGGACCAGUGUGUAGGAUUUAGCAGCAUCUUUUGGUUGUAGAAAUGCACCGUCUCCUUCCUAUUGUGAAGGAGAAACUACCGUGGCUGUGUGCAAAACACACAAAAGGUCCUAUCUAGACCUAGUGUUUAGUUUGUCUGUUCUGGGCUACUGUAGAAACAUGGCGGACCCUACAGAACCCUGCGGUCUCUGUAGAAAUGAAAGCUCAUUCUAAGGUAACAAAAACAUAACUUAUUUCAGGUGAUAAAGACUUAAAGAUAUGCAUAGGUAAAAAGCAGGGCUUGACAGGUGGGUGCUAAUAAAGAUGGGUGGCUUGUUUUAGCAACCAGGCUUCAUUCAGCCAACCUCAGCUCUGUGUAUUUGCCCAUUUUUAGAAUAGCCAUGACAUCACAGAGACUACGUCCAUAUUUAUACAGUCUAUGGUUGAACUGCCAUGUUUCUACAGUAGACCAGCAUAGACAAACUAAUCAACCUCACCUCUAAAUGUCACUAAAUCCUACACACUGGACACUUUUUAAACAAUAGUGCCAUUUUGUAGUUAUAUUUGUUGUGACAGUUCACAACAAAACACUACGUAGUCAUCAGCAUAGAGUAAUUUUGGGGCAUAAGACUCAAAUCAGCAUCCUUACGGUUCUCCAAAAUAAAUACUAGUUAUGGCAUCGGCUAUUCCUCAGAGUUAUUGAGAAAGUGUUUAUAAGUGCAUCACAUGGUGUCGACCUGCUGGCAGUGACGGGACAGAGAGAGAGACAAGUGGCAAAGUCUUCCUGUAAAAAUGAUGUAGUAAAACAAACCGACGGGCUGGAACCUGUUAAGCUGCUCCUCCCCCCAAAAAAUGACUUUUUCUCUUAUUCAGAAUCAGAAAUACUUUAAUAAUCCCAGGAGGAAAUUAUUUAAUUAUUAUAUUGAAGGUUAUUUAAUCAUAAAUAUUCCCUCCAGUUGAAUGAUAAACCAAAAGAUGCUGCAUGGGGAAGUUUUAUAAUCGAAUUUAUGCCCCUAAAUACCAACUCAAUGUUAACACAAUCUUCCACCCACAUGAUUGACAGCUUGCAGAAUAGUUUAUAAAAAAGUCACCGAAAUGAGAAUUUUGUCUUAACUGACAGGACUGUUGAAUGUCUCACAUGGACUGUUGUCUAAUGCCGCGUUCACGUCUAAACAGAAGAAGAAACGGGAAAGCAAAAUCCUGCUGCUGCAGCUCGAUGUUAUGGAUUUUAAAUGAUAAACUGCAGCAUGCUCCUCACCUUUAAAGUAGAUUUGAUUGUGUUCUUAGGGUCAUUUUUUAUCAUUUAAUAUGUUGGAAUGCUACAAAAAUCUCCAUGUCAUAAUUGUAAUAACCACAAGGGAGCAGACGUUGUUUGUCUUUUUCACACAAUCUAAAUUAUAUUAUUAUAUUUCCGACAUAAAUCCGACGUGAACGUGGCAUCCCUUUUUUCUGCAGUAUUCAGUCGAGCUGUGUUCAACAUUGCAUGACAGCCACUACUACUUCAGACGAUGUAAAUUAUACAGUAUAGUAUUACAGCCAAGAUACAGCAAGACCAAACAAUGUAUUACAUGCCAAAAUCGGGGAAAAAAAGGAAAAAAGUAUUUUUGGGAUUAAACUCUUUGUAAUUGAA